AUGUUCCAAAGCUGGCGCCAAGCCCUCUGGGCUUUUAUUCUCCUUGUAUCUGUCGCUCAGGCACAAUUCAACUUCUUCGAUCAAAUGUUUGGAAACGGCGAGCAACAACAACGUCAGCAGCAGCGGUCGCAAAACGCCCCUAGCGAUAGCGCCCGAUAUCAGCAGAUGUGGAGAGAAGCGCAAUGCGAAAACUACCUCUGCCCCGGAACUCUGGCAUGUGUACACUUCCCACAUCACUGCCCGUGCCCUCAUCCAGAUGUUGAAGAGAAGGUCGAAUUUGGAGAGGGAAGUGCUGUCUGUGUGUCAAAGGGCGGAUAUAAGGCAGGCGAAUCCGCGCGCAAAAUUGAGUUGGCUCGCAAGGGUCUUCUUUGA